ACGCAACACAGGCACUAUGGCGCAUGAAUGAGAAGCUAUUUUGUUUAGCCUGACUUAGCUACCAUGCUUAUCUUGUAAGGACGCUAUGUUGGGAAUUGCUAACAGUUACGGCUGAAGGGUAGGAGCUGAUAAAAAAAAUAAAGUAAAUGCCCGUCGACCUUUCAGCGGGUUGAUUUGUCUAAUCAUUUUUGAACGAUACUCUUAAAUGAAGUAAUCUAGCUGCUGAAGGGCCUUGAAUCCGCGGUGCUCGGGUGAACCACAACCGGGGAUUAAGGUCGCAUUGUGCAGACGUCUUGCAUCAUUAUAACCGGCGAGAAGCACCGAAAAAUACUACCCACGACUGGACGCUGAAUAUGUCACACACCGGACCCCCUCCUCGCUGGCGGAAUUGUCCCAGAAGAGGGCAACCAGUGGCAGGUAAAUUCUUGCCUAUGAAAACUAUGCUGGGUCCCAGAUAUGACGACCAGGUUGCAGAAGAAAACCGAUUUUACCCGAGCAUGCUGUCCAACUACUUGAAAAGUCUAAAUGUUAAAAUGGGUUUGCUUGUGGAUUUGACGAACACAACUCGCUUUUAUGACCGCAACGACAUUGAAAAAGAGGGAAUCAAAUAUGUGAAGGUUCAGUGCAAAGGUCACGGAGAAUGUCCUUCCAAGGAAGCGACAGCUAUGUUCAUCCGCCUCUGUGAACACUUCAUGGAGAAGAAUUCCACAGACCUUAUAGGUGUCCACUGCACGCAUGGUUUCAAUCGGACAGGCUUUUUGAUAUGUGCCUACCUGGUGGAGAAGAUGGACUGGAGCGUGGAAGCAGCUGUAGCGGCUUUCGCCCAGGCACGGGCCCCCGGGAUCUACAAGGGCGACUACCUCAAAGAGCUUUUCCGUCGCUAUGGUGACGAGGAGGACGCACCUCCUGCCCCUGCGCUGCCCGAGUGGUGCUUCGAGGAUGACGGGGAAGUGGACGAUGACGGUAACGCCGUGGGCCAGGAGUCUGGGCCCAGCUCUUCCGGGUCAGCGCCCGUCAAACGCAAGAAAGAGAAGCUCAAACUGGGGGCAGUGUUCCUUGAAGGUGUCAUGGUGAAAGGCGUCACACAGGUCACCGCACAGCCCAAACUAGGCGAGAUCCAAAGGAUUUGUCAGGAGAUGGCUGAGUGGAACAAAGCCGGUUUUCCUGGUGCCCAGCCUGUAUCAAUGGAUAGACAUAACCUUUGUUUCCUGGAGCAGAAUCCAUACAAAGUCAGCUGGAAAGCCGAUGGGACACGGUACAUGAUGCUGAUCAAUGGGAAAAAUGAAGUAUUCAUGAUUGACAGAGACAAUACAGUCUUCCACAUAGCCAAUCUAGAGUUUCCUUUCCGGAAGGAUCCACGGGUCCAUCUAUCAAAUACUCUGCUGGAUGGGGAGAUGAUCAUUGACAAGGUGAAUGGUCAGCCGGUCCCCCGCUAUUUGAUAUACGACAUCAUCAAAUUCAAUGGUCAACCUGUGGGCCAGUGUGACUUCAAUAUCCGGUUGUUAUGCAUCGAAAAAGAGAUCAUUUCCCCACGAAUGGAAAAGAUGAAGACUGGACAGAUUGACAAGACGAGAGAGCCCUUCAGCGUUCGGAAUAAGCCGUUCUUCGACAUUCACGCAUCACGCAAGCUUCUGGAAGGCAGCUUCACAUCCCAGGUCAGCCAUGAAGUCGAUGGCCUUAUUUUCCAGCCAUGUGGGAGAUACAAGCCCGGAAGGUGUGAUGACAUCCUUAAAUGGAAGCCUCCCAAUCUCAAUUCGGUGGACUUUCGCCUCAAGAUCACAAAAGUCGGAGGAGAAGGGCUGCUGCCAGAGACUGUCGGCUUGCUUUACGUCGGCAACUACGAAAGGCCCUUUGCGAAGAUGAAGGCCACUAAAGAGCUCAAAGCCUACGACAACAAGAUCAUCGAGUGCAACUUCGCCGACAACAGCUGGGUGUUCAUGCGGCAGAGGAUUGACAAGAGCUUCCCCAACUCCUACGACACAGCCAUGGCUGUAUGCAAAAGCAUCCAGGAACCCGUCACCCAGGAAAUCCUGUUGGCAUAUGUGGACCGUUGUUCUCAAGCAGUCCAAGCCCAGACCCGGAAACAUCAAACGGACCCAGACUCUGAGCUAAUGCCCCCUCCCCCUCCAAAAAGACCCAACCGGUCUAUCCAAUAGCCCCAGGGCUAACCCAGGCCAGUCUGGACUUUUCUACAGCAGCUGUCCAUCCACAUGAGCAUGGAAACUGGUAUUUAAAGGCCAACCUAUCCACGUGAGGACAUUUUAAAUCAGCUGUCACAUUACCUUUCAUUUCCAAUGUAAUAUUCUUUGUAGCUUUCAUUGCUGGUGUUCUUAUUAAAUA